CAAAGAUAGUAACACCAGUCAAUUUUGACCUUGUGGGGACAUUUUUAGGUCCCCAUGAGGGAAAACAGCUCAUAAAUCAUACAGAAUUAUAUUGAUUGAAAAUGAAAAACUGCAGAAAGGUUUGUGUGAUUAGGUGUUGGGGUAGGUUUAGGGGAUAGAAUAUAUCAUAAGCCUGAUAAAAAAUCAAUGGAAGUCUAUAGAAUGUCCCCAUAAAACAUGAAAAACAAGUGUGUGUGUGUGUGUGUAAGACUAUCUGCACGCUGAGGCACUAAAUUGGGUAAGAGAGCAAUGAAACAGCUGUUGAGGGGAUCAGUCCGACAGAGACGAGUCCGGUGAGCCGUGUCAUUAUAAACACUCUUUAUCCAUUUGGCUGGUAAUUCAGGGAAGAAACGAUGGCCUGUAAAAACAGCAGGAAAGAGUAUCUGUCAGUGAAAGACCUGCAGAAAGUUCUGGACUCGUGUAAGUUAGGUCUGCACCAAAUCGAUGAAGUCUGGCCAAACAUUUACAUCAGCAACGUAGGAAUGGCUCAGAACAGAAGUGCACUGCAGAAACUUGGCAUCACUCAUAUUCUGAAUGCUGCUCACUCCAAAAGAGGAAGCAUCGGGGACAAAAACUACUACGGUACCAGUGUUGUUUACUGCGGUAUCCCGGCUGAUGACUCCACACACUUUGAUUUAGACGUUUACUUCAAGCCGGCAGCAGAUUUCAUUCACAAAGGUCUUCACACUCCUGAUGGAAAAGUUCUGGUGCAUUGCAUCAUGGGAAUGAGCCGCUCCUCGACGCUGGUGCUGGCGUAUCUGAUGCUCUAUCACGACAUGCCUCUACACAAGGCCAUAAAGCGCGUCAUUCAGAAACGGGCCAUAUACCCCAACAGAAACUUUCUGGCAUUGCUACUGGAUCUGGACCUACAGAGGAAGAGAAAACACAGAACGUGCGUCCUGCUGUGAAGAAUCGCCAACAGAUCACAUGAUGAAAAUAAACAUGCUGCUUUAAAUGAUUAUAAUAUUUAAUAGUUAUGAUAUAUGGACCAAUGAGAUUUCAGUGUGGAUGCAGAAUCCGUUGGGACAAAAGCUUCUGUGCCACUUUAGCAUAUAUCUGGAUUUUUGUGGUAAACACUGUGAAUUGUAAUGAAUAUGUAUGUAUACAGUAUAUAUAAAGAAAAAGCUAAGAGUUUAACUUGUUUUAAGAUUUAAGAUAGAGUAUAGAAAUCUCUCUGCGAACAAAUGCGAGACAAAAAGCAUAACUUUAUGAAUCCCAGAAGGGUAGUUUAAUAAAUACACUCUUUGAGAAAUGUGUGUCACCUCACACUCGAUACAUAAACAGACACACGACACACUACCUCUGUACAGCACUGGACACAACUCAAAACAACAAAUGGACCAAAGAAUCAAUGUAAACGUGUCUACAUGUUUAUGACACUAAAUGAUAUGUCACAAAAUGUGAAAGUUGAAAAUAAAUGUUUUAAAUUUACAUUAUGAGUCUCUUCAAUGAUACACGAACAAACGUUUCAGUUCUGCAAUGUGAUAUUUUUGAAACAUGUUGAACAUGUAGAGGACAGAAUGCAAUCCAUCUGAAA